AUGAACGGAAGAAAUGGCUAUUCGGUAUCUUAUUCCUCGGCAUCUUCCAGUUUCGAGGAGAUUAGAGAUACGGGCACUCCAGGACCAGCCUCUGCCCCUAUAGCCAUAUGUGGACUCGGCGUAAGGCUCUCUGGCGGCAUUCGAAACGCCGAUGACUUCUGGGAUCUUCUGGUCAACGGCCGCGACGCCCGGGGCCCCGUUCCGAAUAGCCGGUAUAAUACGGCCGGGUUUGACGACUCGCUAAAGGGCAAAGGAAGUAUCGAAACGAAGUUCGGUUACUACCUAGACGAUGACCUUUCCCGAUUUGACCCUUCUCUCUUUUCCAUGACCCAGGUAGAGCUGGAGAGAUGUGACCCCCAGCAGAGAAUACUGCUACAGGUUACACGAGAAUGUCUCGAUGAUGCGGGAGAAGUUAACUAUCGUGGCAAGCCAAUCGGGUGCUAUGUGGGCACGUUCGGGGACGAGUGGCUGCACAUGCGAAGCAAGGAGGAUCAGCAUGUUGGCAAUCAUAUUGUCACGGGCUCUGGCGAUUGGAUGCUUGCCAACCGCGUGUCUUACGAGUAUGAUCUCUGCGGGCCAAGCAUGGUGAUUAGAACAGCCUGUUCAGCAUCUUUGAUAGCUCUGCAUGAGGCUUGCAGGGCUAUUCAAUUUGGCGAUGCUUCUGCGGCUGUUGUUGCCGGUGCAAACAUGAUACUCGGGCCGGCUCUCACAGCGCUUAUGACAUCAGAAGGAGUAUUAUCUCCUGAUGGGUCAUCUAAGAGUUUUGACGCCUCGGCCAACGGCUACGCUAGAGCCGAAGGUUUCACUGCCGUUUAUGUCAAACGUUUGACAGACGCCAUACGUGAUGGCAAUCCUAUCCGAGCAGUAAUCAGGGGUACUGCAGCAAACAGCGAUGGUAAAAGCCAGGGUAUGCUUGUUCCAAGAGGAGAAGCUCUGGAGGCGCUCAUGAAAAAGGUCUAUGCUGACGCAGGGCUAAAUCCAUCCGAGACGGCAUUUGUGGAGUGUCAUGGCACGGGAACCUCCGUUGGUGACCCGAUCGAAACUUCUGCUGUUGGUGAGAUCUUCGGAGCCGAUGGUGUAUACAUCGGCUCCGUGAAACCUAAUAUCGGCCAUUGCGAGGGAUCUGCUGGCCUGGCGAGUUUAAUCAAGGCUGUGUUAGCUCUAGAAAAUAAGACGAUACCCCCUAAUAUCAAAUUCGAUAACCCCAACCCCAAGAUCCCAUUCAAAGAAAAGAAGCUUACGGUACCAACAAGCCCAAUCCCCUUUCCUUUAAAUAGAGCAGAAAGGGUUAGUGUGAAUUCUUUUGGUAUCGGUGGCUCCAAUGCACACGUCAUCCUCGACUCAUUUCCCCAAUCAAAAGGAAUAGAACGUAACCUUGGGGCAGCCUCGGCAUCACGGCCAGAACUUCUUCUCUUCUCGGCGAACACCCAAAAUUCACUCAAGCAGCAGAUAGAUUUAUACCAAGAAUAUGCCUCACAGCACCUCUCAAACCUACAUGAUGUCGCCUAUACGUUGGCUCUCCGUCGGGAACGGUUUCCACACAGGGCCUUCGCGAUCAACCUGGGGGAUAAGGUAAUAGAAACCUCCGGUAUAGUAAGAGCGCCGGGAAAGCCAUCUCACCGUAAAGUUACGAUGGUCUUCACUGGCCAAGGAAGCCAGUGGGCCGGGAUGGGAAAGGAACUACUCGCUACCAGCGCUGAGUUCCGGGAGGACAUCAAUCUCAUGGACAGCAUAUUAAAGCAUGCCGCAAGGCCCCCGAAAUGGACAAUUGAAGCUGAGCUACGCAAACCUGCCGAGACUAGCCUUAUGAACAAGGCCGAAUUAUCGCAGCCCUUAUGUACAGCACUGCAAAUCGCAGUCUUUCGACAGUUUAAGCGAAUAGGGGUAAUACCAACCGCCGUCGUUGGGCACUCCAGUGGAGAAAUUGCCGCCGCAUAUGCUGCGGGAUAUAUAUCGCUCGAGUUUGCCAUCAAAGCGGCGUACUACCGUGGUCUUGUAUCCUCCACCGAUAAGUCCAGGAACGGUACCAUGGCCGCAAUUGGACUUGGUACUAGAGAGGUGACGGAGUUUCUACCAAAGGGUGUCGUGGUUGCGUGUGAGAACAGUCCUCAGAGCACAACCAUAUCAGGAGAUAGGCUGUUAGUCGAGCAGGCCAUAUCCACCAUCAAAGCAGCGAAGCCCGAAACUUUUACCCGUCUGCUAAAAGUUGACAUGGCAUAUCAUUCUCAUCAUAUGAACCCACUUGCUCAGGAGUACCUCCACCUGCUGCAAGACGAAAUGGGCAUCGCUGAAGGCAACAUCAUGUCUGUAACUUCGACGACAUUCAUGUCAAGUGUCACGAGCAAGGUAAUAAAUAAUUCCGCUGAUCUCGGACCAGAGUACUGGGUUUCCAACCUCGUCUCACCCGUGCGUUUCAGCACCGCAGUCAGAAACCUCCUCGAGUUACGAGACGAGUCCGAUAUCCUAUUGGAGAUCGGCCCUCACUCAGCACUGGCUGGACCUCUCCGCCAGAUUUGCAAUGCCAACUCGCGGCAAUGCAACUACGUUUCCUCGCAGAUACGCGGUACAGACAGUGUCGUAUCAUUGCUAUCUGCCUUAGGCAGGCUUUUCCAGGAGAAUGUCAACAUCGACUUCGGUCCUCUUUUCACCGGCGGUCGGGUGGUUACAGGUUUGCCCUCAUACUCAUGGGAUCACGGCAGUCAGUCAUUCUGGGACGAAAGUCGAUUGGCCACGGCGUGGCGGCAUCGUAAGUAUCCUCAUCACUGUAUCCUUGGUGUGAGGUCUACCGAAUCAACAGAUGCGGAGCCACUGUGGCGGAACGUCCUACACCUGGAUGAUGCCUCCUGGCUGGUUGAUCAUAAAGUUGCGCAAGAUAUUGUCUUCCCAUUCGCUGGAUACGUCGCCAUGGCCGGCGAAGCUAUUCGCCAGGUGGCCGAGGGAAACACAAGAUCUGGCUAUCACCUCCGCCAUGUAGUGGCUCGGACGGCUUUAGUUCUGAGUGACAAAAAACCGACAGAAAUAGUUACGACGCUACGCCAAAAACGGCUCACGGACACGGAUGAGUCCCAAUGGUAUGAGUUCAACAUCACAUCGCAUAGCGGGUCCACCUGGAUCAAGCACUGUACGGGAGAGGUUAAACACAUCGAGGAGGCAAGUAGCACAUCGCCUUGGACCGCGGAGGAGCUACCUCGCAAACUGCCAAGCUCGGCCUUUUACGAAGCCAUGGAGCACAACGGAUUCAUAUAUGGUCCCGAGUUUCAAUCCCUCACUGAUAUCGUCACAUCCGCUACCGCGCAAGUCGCAGAAGCAAAUUUGGUGGACAAGCACGACCAUACCUCAUCCCCAUUCAGCCUCCACCCCGUAGCAAUAGACGGCUGCCUACAACUUCUCAUGAUCGCUACGGCUCAGGGGCUUUGCCGUAACUUUAACGGCUUAUAUGUACCGACCUCCAUCGAAGAGCUCGUCAUUUCCCAAGGAGCGUCGGAGAUGCACGCACGUGCCUGGACUAAAAAGGGCGACGUCCGCCUCGGUGAAGUUGAGUGCGUGGCUGACGGACGCCUAGCGCUGAGGAUGCGAGGUUUACAGCUAGCGCCCCUCGAGGACAAUGACGAGGCAGUCGAGUUGAUCGACAGACACGCUGCGGCACAUGUGCAGUGGCUCCCUGACUUCGACUUUGUAGAUCAUAAGACUCUCUUCGCACCUCCGAAGGCCGACCGGGAACACCUCAGGCUACAGCAGGAGCUAUCUUUCCUGUGCAUGCUCCAGGAGGUUCGGAAGACCGAAGGAAUAAAUCCGUGCCAGCCACACCUCGCCAAGCUCCGCGAGUGGAUGAAAGAAGGGAUCCAGCUAGCCGGCGCGGGGAAAAGCCAGUUUCCUCUCGUCGACGACGCGGCGCGGCUGAUAGGUCUGAGCUCAGCGGCCCAGCAGGACAUGAUCGAGUCGCAUCUAGCGGUCCUUGAGAAGGGUUCCCACCGCGCGCUCUCGAUCGGCACGAAGCGCGUGUGCGACCACGCGGCGGAGAUCUUUUCUGGCACGCGCGAGACGCUGGAAGUUCUCAUGCAGGGUAACCUGCUGACCGAGAUCUACAACCAUACGAGCUUCGGGUACGGCGACUUCGUGCGCCUGCUCUCCAACUCACGCCCCAACCUACGGAUUCUCGAGGUUGGCGCCGGCACCGGUGGCACCACGGAGCUGAUCCUGCGCGACCUUGUCGACGAGGGCGGUUUCCCCAUCUACUCCGUCUAUACUUUUACCGACGUCUCAUCCGGAUUCCUAGUCAAGGCCCGCGAGCGCUUCUCGUACGCGCCUAACAUGGAGUACACCGUCCUCGAUAUCAGCAAGUCGCCGUCCGAGCAGGGAUUCACGGGCGGAGAAAAGGAGUCGUACGACUUGAUCCUGGCAGCCAAUGUGGUGCACGCUACGCCCGUCAUCCAGGAGACCCUCAGAAACAUUAGAUCGCUACUGAAACCAGACGGUAUGCUGGUGCUUACGGAACUCCUUCCUACCUUGCGAACGGCCAACUAUGUGUUCGGUCACUUCUCGGGGUGGUGGUUGGGAGAGGCCGACGGGAGACCUUCCAAUCCUCUAAUGCCGGUCGACCGAUGGGAUACCGAACUCAAAGGCGCCGGGUUUUCCGGUGUGGACUCUUUUGUGUCUGAUGAUGAAGAACCCUAUAACCAAAUCGUCACCAUCGUUUCCAGGCCGCAGACCAAACAGACAGUCCCCGUUAAGAAAGUGGCUCUACUGUGUGGCGACGAACACACGGCGGUGACCCGUACGCUAAGCUCGGCUUUGCAGCUCCAAGGCUGGGACGUCACAUCAUGUGCUCUGACCUCGAACCCCCCUGUAGACCGGGACAUCAUCUCGGUGCUGAAUCUGGAAAGUGAUUGGUUCGUCAACCUGACCGAGGACGCCUUCACCAGCCUGCAAAAGUUCGCGAGGGCUCUUGGACAGCAAAAAGUGCUUUGGUUAACGACGCCGGUCCAAAUCCGGUGCGAAGACCCCCGUCCGGCGACAUUCCUAGGCGUCGCGCGCACGCUACGUGCCGAGCAAGUGCCCGGACUCUGCACCCUCGAAAUUCAGGCGAGCGAAGCCAGGUUCGCAGAUCUGGUUCUCGAUGUAUUCGAGAAAAUACGCAUACAGGAAGACAUCGGUACGCUGGCGCCGGACCGCGAGUUCGCGGUCGAGGGCAAUCAGAUCUGCAUCCCACGGUACCACCCCUUCUCGCUAACCGACCGGCUGAAAGAGGGAAGCGAGGCCCCAGUAGAAAAGCCCUCGGCUGAGCAUACCAGGACAGCGUUGAACGUCGGCAAGCUAGGUUCCAUGGAAUCGCUCCACUGGAUCGACGAACCUCUCCCCGCAGAGUUACCCACAGACCACGUCGAAAUUGAGGCGCGCGCAGUAGGCCUCAACUUCCGCGACGUCGUGCUGGCGAGGGGCAUCAUACAAUCCGCUGUGCCGGGUCGGGUCCCCCUUGGCUACGAGCUAUCCGGCGUGGUCCGCCGAGUGGGCUCCGCGGUUACGGGUCUGGUGCCGGGUGAUCGGGUGAUGGCGCUGUGCAAUGGGUGUCUCGCGACCAGGAAUGUAGCGCCAGCCGAGAUCGUGAUGAAGAUCCCGGAUGACCUGGCCUUCGAUGCCGCAGCCAGCAUCCCCGUGUGCUUCGGUACCGUGAUUCACAGCCUCCUAGAUAUAGGGCGGCUGGAGGCGGGCCAGAGUGUGCUAAUCCACUCGGCGUGCGGUGGCAUCGGGCUUGCGGCGCUGCAGAUGAGCCAGAUGCUCGGCGCGGAGAUCUACGCCACGGUCGGCAGCGAGAAGAAGGUGCAGUAUCUGAUGGACAACUUCGGGCUCCCGCGAUCCCGCAUCUUUAACUCGAGAGACGCGUCGUUCGCCGAGGGCGUCAUGCGGGAGACGGAUGGUCGUGGUGUGGACCUCGUGCUUAACUCGUUGUCUGGCGAGCUGUUGCACGAGUCCUGGCGCUGCGUCGCCAAGUUCGGUGUUAUGGUCGAGCUCGGCCUGCGGGACUCGAACGGUUCUGGGCGCUUGAACAUGUUGCCCUUUGGGGAUAACCGCUCCUACCACGGUGUGAACUUGUCUCAGUUUAGGGAGCGGCCGAAGUGGUUGAGAAGGCUGCUCAACACAUUUGUCAACUACUACGAGCAAGGCUUACUCCGACCGAUCGAGCCCAUUGCCACCUUUGACGCCAAACAGAUACUUAGGGCGUUCCGUCAUUUAGAAGAUGGCGACCAUAUGGGCAAAGUUGUUGUUAGAUUCCCCGAGCUAAGCUCGCAGACGGCCAUCGAGUCUACGCCUCAGCCUCGCCACAUCGAAUUCGAUCCCGCUGCCACGUACCUGCUCGUAGGUGGUGUUGGAGGUCUCGGUAGAUCGAUCGCCACGUGGAUGGUAGAGCGAGGUGCGCGAAACCUGACCUUCCUUUCGCGUAGUGCGGGCGUCAGCGAUGUGAGCAAGUCCUUGUUCAUGGAGUUGGAGUCCAUGGGCUGUUCCGUUACGGCGGUUGCCGGGCGUGUUGACCAGAGGGAUGACGUCCAAAAAACCAUUCGCCGGUCAAGGUCUCCUAUCAAGGGGGUCAUACAGUUGGCCAUGGUACUCAGGGAUGUCCCAGUUGUAGAUAUGGAAUGGUCGCAAUGGAAAGAUGCACUCGCGCCCAAGGUCGACGGUACCUGGAAUCUCCACAAAGCGUUCUUGUUCGACACACUAGAUUUCUUCUUCCUCGCCAGCUCACUCGUCACCGUCGCCGACUCCCUCGGACAAGGUAACUACGUCGCGGCCAACAUGUUUAUCGAAUCCUUCUGCCGCUACCGGCACUCUCUCGGCCUGCCAGCCUCAGUCCUUAACAUCGGGCCCAUAAGCGACGUCGGCUUCGUAGCCGAGAACGCGCACGCCAUGCACAACAUCAAAGCCCAGGGUCUGUACCUGCUCACGGAGCGUGAGUUUCUCGAGUUUUUGGAGCUAGGCCUCCUAGAUAGCUAUCCCACCCACCCCAGCGGCCCCAUGCUGAGCCCGGUCCCGCCGACGCCGUGGUACAACAGCACGCAGGUGAUCAUGGGCCUGCGCUCGGAGCAGGACCUCGACGACCCGAGCAGCCGCACCAUGUGGCGGCGCGACCGGCGCAUGGGCAUCUACCACAACGUGCGGCUGCAAGACCGCGCCAAGACCAGCGAGAAGAACAACGCGCUGCAGGAGUUCCUCACGCGCAUCGCUGCCUCCUCCUCCUCCUCCUCCUCCCCCGACGGCGGGAAAACCCUUCUCCAAGCCGAAAGCACCCUCACGUUCCUCGCGCACGAGAUCGGACGCAAGAUCUACGACUUCCUGCUCCGCCCCGAGGAGGAGGUGGAUCUGGGACUGACGCUCGCGCAGAUGGGCCUCGACUCCCUCAUGGCCAUCGAGCUGCGCCGCUGGUUCAAGGGCGCGUUCGGGCUCACGCUGAGCGUGCUCGAGAUCGUGGGGAGCGGCACGCUGAGGCAGUUGGCGGGGCUGGUGGCGGCGAAGUUGGGGGAGAGGAUGGAGGGGAAGUAG